AUGGAAUCCAACGACAAACAUGAACUUAGCACAAUCAAAGUGCACGACCGAAACUCGCCGGCAGCCAUCGACAGCCCCAAAGAUGGGUCCUCAGUUCUCGUCGCGCAGACGCGCACGAGGCGUCUCUUCUCCCUGCCUCAGCUUUUCUCGUUCUCAUUGGUGUAUAUGGCAACAUGGUAUUGCGUGGCGAUGAACAUGUAUUUCGCUCUCGCCAACGGCGGCCCGGCAGCAUGGUUCUGGAGCUACCUCGUAGUGGCCGCUGGAGCGCUCUCCCAGGCGGCCACGUUCGGGGAGCUGGCAUCUAUCCAGCCCGUUACGGGUGCCCAGUACUACUGA